CUAGAUCUUAUGUCCGACUUGAAUUUUAGAAGAAAACAAUGAACCAUCGAUUUGAUGGAUUCAAGGUGAAGGACAUUGACGAAGGAAUCAGUGUCACAUGUGAUAAGUAUGGGAACAAGUUCCAAAAAGAGUUUCAUCGUAUGUGGAAAGAACAAAUCCUAUGUGAUGCUACCAUAAUGACGGAGACAGGGGAGGCAAUCCCUGUACACAAGGUUGUCCUCUCCAUGCACAGUGACUUCUUCAAGGCCAUGUUUACCUCUGGGCUCCAGGAAGCACAGGUCUCCAACCCGUCAAUCAAACUCACCGAACACCCCGCAGACAUCGUGAAGGGCAUCUUAAAGUUCAUGUACACAGGCUGUUUACCAGAUUUGAACAGGGAGACUGUUCAGGACUAUAUCAUGCUGAUGGACCAGCUACAGAUGGUGUCUCUGAAGAAUGCCUGCUGCCCAUUCAUGGAGGACAACAUUGAUACUAACAAUUGUCUGGAUGUAUGGAUAUUUGCCCAAAGGUUUUCCUGUGAAGAAAUGCAGAGGAAAUCUUUGUCUCACAUUAAGCAUCAGUUUGGAUUUGUUUCUUGCCAAGAAAAUUAUCAGCACCUGGAGAGUGAAGCCCUUAUAUUUCUGCUGAGUCUGGGUGAAUUGAACAUAAGUGGUGAGGGGGUGAUAUUGGACUCUGUGUGUGGAUGGCUGGAGAACCACCAAGGAGCAAGCACUGAAACCAUCUGGGACAUACUGAAGUGUGUCCGCUACAACCAACUCACAGAAAAGGAAAUCACUGAGUUUUCUGAUCGAGUCUUCCAAGGAAUGCCAGACCAACUGAAAGAAUUUCAGAACUACAUCCAGCAGUACAGAGCUGAUGUACAAGAUAAACCUCGAAAUGAAAGAAAACACAUUUAUGUGAUUGGAGGGUACUUCCAGUCAAGAACUGGCCCCUGCUCUCCACGCCUUCAAACUGUGGAACAAUAUGACGUCAUAGAGGACACCUGGAGAAGCACAACCCAGUUCCCCGUGCUGGCCUCAUCCCUGUACGCCGUGGAAAUGUUUGGGAAACUUGUGUGUUUUACUUCCUACUCGACUGGCUUCAUUGCAGCCUUUGAAUUUGACCCUAUCCAGCUGAAAUGGAGGAACUGUUCCACUGAAUUUCCUGAGAGUGUUUUGAAGACCAUUCAGGAGUGUUUUAAGGAGACGGGUGCCCUGUGUUACUGUGAGGAGUCUAGCAUGUUGUAUGUGCUAUGUAACAAUAACACUUACGCCUACAGAGUCGUCUGUGAUAGCGGGGACUUCAGUGUGGGUGCCACUCAGUGCUGGAGAUACCCCAUGAACCCGUCUCUGGCGUCAUUUGCUACGGUAACCUUGGAUAAAGAUCUGUACGUCAUUGGCGGGGAGGAGCGGCUAUCUGUAAGGGACGUAACUCAGGUCAAUGACGUCAUGCGAUGUAAUGUCCAAUGUCAUGAGUGGACGCAAGUCACGCCUAUGUUGGAACCCAGAGCAAGCUUUGAUGCUGUUAACUUUGAUGGCAGGAUCUACGUUGUGGGCGGGUUUAACUCACGGAGACUACGCACUGCUGAGAUGUUCUCCUCUGUGACCGGUCAGUGGACCUCAGUGUGCUGUAUGAACAAAGAGAGGAGCCACCUCAAGGCAGCCGUGCUGUCAAACAAGCUGUAUGUCAUUGGAGGUAAAUCAUAUUCGCGGUUUGAGGGCGGAGCCCGUAAGGUGUUGAGCUCUGUGGAGGUGUACGAUCCGUACACGGACACCUGGUCCUUUGUACAACCCAUGCUACAGAGCAGGUGCAUGUUUGGUGCUGUGGUUCAUUAG